CACAUCUGUUUUGGAUUACACAAGUAACAAGAAGGAGCAGCAAUGGCCUCUCUGAUUCUUGUCUCCGGAUUGCUGUUUUAUCACAUUUGCUUAGUAUUCACGGCUGGCCCGCAGUGCUUUGAAUGUUCAUCAACUCCUCGACUAGAGUUUUGUGAUUACUUUACACAAUGUGAGGAAGGGGAGAAAUGUUACGUACAGAAGAUACGUACACACAAUGGCCACGAUCAGUACAAGUCUGGGUGUGUCAACAACCGAAGCUGCUCUCUAGAUAUGAAUUUCCAUGGAUCGUUUGGAGAACUAUCGCCGUACGGACAGUUGACUUGUGUAGAGUGUUGUGACGGAGACAUGUGUAACAACCAGGGCUGUAGGGAUACGGGACCACCACCGAGAGAAUCACGUGGGCCCUACUGUUACCAGUGUCAACACAUGCCAGACCCAAGCUACUGUGAAAGACUCACUAUCUGUGAUAGUAAUGAAGUUUGUACUAUUGAUGAAACAGUUUCAUUUGGACAUCAGUUCUCAAGCGGAUGCCGACGAAAAGGAGAGUGCUUACACGAAGGCCUGCUGGUGGGUAGGGAUAUUGAUAACCUGACGAGAUCGUUCCAACUCUGUCAUAAGUGUUGUUCUGACGACUUCUGUAAUCAAGAUUGUCAGGAUCACCACCAGCAGGAGGUGGUAUUCUGGAGCGCCUGGAGUCCGUGGGGUACGUGUUCGGCUCAUACUUGUGGCAGUCAUGGACAUCAGAUUCGGAACCGAUCUUGUACAAAUGUCAAAGGAGACAUAACAUCACAAGGGUGUGAGGGUGUACCUAGAGAGGAACGUCACUGUUCAGGUUGUGUCGAGUUGUACAACAACGGAGAGCGUACCUCAGGUAUUUAUACCAUAGCCCCGGCCGGACACAAGCCCCUGGACGUCGUCUGCGACAUGACUGAUGGAGGAGGUUGGACUGUUCUUCAACACCGGCUUUACGGUUCAGUCAGCUUCAAUCGAAGCUGGACUGAUUACGUCACUGGUUUCGGUGAUCUACGUGGCGAUUUCUGGCUCGGAUUGGAUAACAUCCACAUCCUGACGUCGCGGGGGGUCCACGUCAUCAUUGAUAUGACUACAAAGGCAGGAGAAUUAGUACGUUACAGUUACGAUCACUUUCAGGUGAAGAACGAAAGUACGUCCUACGAGCUGUCAGUUUCCGGUGAUACCUCUGUGAAUUGUACAGACGGAGAAAGACUACUAUAUAAUAACGGUUACAGGUUUGCCACUCCUGACAGACCGGAUGCACAUAACUGUUCUAUUCAUGGCUCGGGAUGGUGGUUCAGUUAUUGUUCGUAUUUCAAUAUAAACGGUAUUAUAGAUUUGUCUAAUUUGAAUUAUGGAAUGACAGUGGGCUGUCCACUAGUAAGUUUACUUAACGAAACACUCAUGAAAGUAAGAUGAUUAAUUCUAGUGACACUUUAAGAAUGAAUUGUUACUACAAAUUACUAUGACGCAAACGAAACAAAAAUUGUUUCCAGAGAAAAUGCUGACAAUUAAAAUAAAAUCGCCUUAAGCAUACUGUUCGUUAUCAGCCGUCCAUAUAACUAAACAGGUGCAUAUUUAAAUGAAUAACGAGUUUUUUGUAUUAUGAUUUCAUGCAAUGAACGGUUAAUUAAAUACCUUAAAAUAUUUCAGUUCAUAAGGGCUUGUUUAAACGUUAUAUGUACAUCGCUUUGUAAAGUGUAAUAGGUUUAAAUUUCUGAAUGUCUCGUUUAUUCACGUUGCCGAAUUAUUGCACUUUGAGAAAGUGAUACUGUAUAGCAUUUCUAAUUUAAUACUUUCAUCUUAUGAUAUAGAUAUUGUUAAAUCAAUCAGUUAAAAAUAAACUUCAAGGAAAAACAGAUAUUAACACUAUGUGUAGAAAUAGUUCUGUAUAUAAUUAAAGCUACAUAUAUCUCCUCCCUUCUGAUCUCUGUAUAACCAGGGUAAAAUUUUAAAACGGUAUUUUAUACAAUAUUCUUGUUUCUUAAUGCAUGUAUUCCCUUUUCUGUAUUAGGACAUAACAAAUGAUGAACUAAGAAAGGAUUAUUAUCAGGAUUUAAAAAUAUGAUGCCUUAUGAUCUGAGCACAUGUGUAUUUGUAUAGCAAUUGUUUUCUCAAUUACUGUAACACGGUUGGGCACCCCCUGCAGAAUUCGGGAUUCGCUUUCGUGCCCUCUACUUGUGGACAAAUAGCGACCAAAAUAAAUAUGCUGCACCUU